AUGCAACCAACAGUACGGCGACUUGGUCGUCUCUGUCGGCCAUCUCCUCCGGACUCCGCCCUCAACAACUCGCCUCCUCCUUCCAAUCACAAGUCACCCGACCAGCCCAAGAAGGACAGGGUGCCCCCCAAGACCAUCCAGCUCAGGAGGACUACCCAACCCGAUUUCCUGCCCGCCAGAUCAGCCACAUUAGCUAAUAAUAUCGAGGAUGGCCCCGACUUCGGCAAGCACCCCACGACCGCAGACGUGCUGCAGCUGAUCGCCGAGUCGCAGCGGGCUACCCACUAG